UACAAAACACCUCUACUCGUGACUCUAAAGAAAUUUUAUUAAAAAAAUAUAAGCAAAAGCAAGAAAAAAAAUUUAAUAUAAAAUCUAUACAACUUAAGAAACGGGUGCGUCUUUUCGUAUGAGUGUUUUAAAGUGAAAAGCGAAAUAACAAAAAAUAAACGAAAUUCAUUUAAACGUGUCGCCUUCCCGCAUACAUUAUAAUUAAAUUUAAUAACGUUUAAUGUUCCUAAUUAGACAAAAAGCCCGAGCAGGCAAGAAAAAUAAUUAAAUAAUGAAAAUAAAUAUAUAAAAGAAAAUUCUCAUAUGAGUUGUUCUUCUUAUUAACCAUAACAACCGAAGUGUGAAUAUGUUGAAAAAGUGAAAGAAUCCUACAAAAUAAAACAAAACCGAAAAGUAACAAAGAUUUUUUCUUCCUUCCUAAACGAAACAACAUCUGCACAACAUCAAAUACAACAAAACACACAAAUAGAAGAAAAAAAAAUAGAAUUUGCUCCACUUUAUGUAAACGUCAAACGACAAAUCCUUAAACAUCUAGAAAAGCAAAAAUAUAUAAAAAAACAAAAAUAAAAUAGAGAAAAAAUAAAAGCAAAUCGUUUGCUCGUGACGUGAUGUGAAAAUCGUAAUACGAACUUGAAAACAUACACCAACCAACAAACAAACACAUACAAAUAAAAUAAAUUUGCAAAAAUUAUUGAAAGAAAUUUGUUAAAGUUUUUAUAACGUGUGCCAUAACAACAAUUAAAAAUACAAACAAAAAUCGAAAAACACUCAAAAUGUUUAAACUGGAUUAAUUGCAAUCAAUUGCAUCUUUUAUAGAAAUUUUUAUUUGGUUUUGUUUGGAAAUUUUUUUAAGUUUCUUUAAUUUCGUAUAAUUUCUUAUUGAAACGACAACAACCAACAUGGCAUCAAAUAACAAAAUCAUCGUCUGUGUGAUGUGUGUUGCAACCAUCUUGAUCGGUAGUGUUAGCAUGCAAAAGCAACAAUUGCAAACAGAACAGCAACAACAACAACCUCCUUUAUCUACACAUGUCACUCAACAACAGCUGCAACAACAUUCGAAUGCCAUAAUGGGCGAAGCCGGUGUUUCGAAUAAUCAAUUGCACACGCCUCCCAAUGGAGCUCAUAAUACACGUUUGGCCAGCCAGGAUAUGCGUUAUGAUGCUCCUGAUGACUGUCACUUUUUACCAGCCCUUGGGCCUGAUCAUCCCGAAAUAAUGUUAACCUGUAAUUUGCGUACGGUCAACAGUGAAUUUGACACCACAAAUUUCAGUGUUAUUCCUUCGGAGCAUACAGUGGGUCUACACGUUCUUUGCAAUGAUGAAAUUAUGGCAAAGAGUUCCUUGGAACCUCAGUCAUUUGCUCAUCUACACCGCCUGCAAGAGCUAUCGGUGCAAUACUGUAAAUUGUCGAAAUUCAACAGACAUGUACUGGAUGGUCUUUCCCAGUUAAGAAAUCUAACAGUACGCACUCACAACACUUUGUGGCCUUCAUUAAACUUUGACAUUGAGCCAGAGGCUUUUGCUGUAGUAAAUCAAUUGGAACGUUUGGAUCUGUCCUCCAAUAAUAUUUGGUCGUUGCCUGAGAACAUUUUCUGCACACUGAGUGGCCUUAUUUCGCUGAACAUGAGUGAAAAUCGUUUACAGGAUGUCAACGAGUUGGGAUUCCGUGAUCGCUCGAAAGAUCAUCCUUCAGAUGCCACAUCUUCACCAGAGAGCAAACGCUCUAAUACUCCUUGCAAUUUGGACAUAGAAAUUUUGGAUGUUUCGUUUAACCAUUUUGUUCUAUUGCCCGCCAAUGGUUUUGCCACCUUGAGACGUUUGCGUGUAUUGCAAGUGAACAACAAUGAAAUAUCCAUGAUUGGCGACAAAGCUUUAAGUGGUUUGAAGAAUUUGCAAAUCCUAAACCUCAGCUCAAACAAAUUGGUAGCUUUGCCUUCUGAGUUAUUUGCAGAACAAUCCUCAUCUAUCCAGGAAGUAUAUUUGCAAAAUAAUUCCAUAUCGGUGUUAUCUCCUAAACUGUUUUCAAACUUGGAACAGUUACAAGCCUUGGAUUUGUCAUACAACCAAAUUACCUCUACUUGGAUUGACCGCAGUACCUUUGUGGGUCUAAUAAGAUUAGUAUUACUUAAUCUAUCGCACAACAAACUCACUCAACUGGAUGCUGAAAUCUUUACCGAUCUCUAUACUCUUCAAAUCCUCAACCUGAGACACAACCAAUUGGAAAAUAUUGCUGCCGAAACCUUUGCUCCCAUGAACAAUUUACACACUCUUCUGCUAUCACAUAACAAACUUAAAUAUUUGGACGCAUAUGCUCUGAAUGGUCUAUAUGUUUUGUCUCUACUCUCCCUGGACAAUAAUCAUCUAAUUGGUGUUCACCCAGAAGCCUUUCGUAAUUGCAGUUCCUUGCAGGAUUUGAACCUCAAUGGUAACCAAUUGAAAACUGUACCUUUAGCCAUACGUAGCAUGCGUUUAUUACGCACUGUCGAUUUGGGUGAAAAUAUGAUAACUGUUUUGGAAGAUAAUGCCUUCAAAGGUCUAAGCAAUCUGUAUGGUCUACGUUUAAUUGGCAACUACUUGGAAAAUAUUACUAUGCAUUCAUUCAAGGAAUUACCCAGUUUACAAAUUUUGAAUUUGGCACGUAAUCGUAUUGCUGUUGUGGAACCUGGUGCAUUCGAAAUGACGUCCAGCAUUCAAGCUGUUCGUUUGGAUGGUAACGAAUUAAGUGAUAUUAAUGGUUUAUUCAGCAACAUGCCUUCUUUAUUGUGGCUUAAUAUUUCCGAUAAUCGUUUGGAACACUUUGAUUAUGCCCAUGUACCCAGCACUUUGCAAUGGUUAGAUUUGCAUAAAAAUCGUUUAGUUGAGUUAUCCAAUCGUUUUGGUUUGGAUUCACAAAUUCGCUUACAAACUUUAGAUGCCAGUUUUAAUCAAAUCCAACGUAUAUCACCAUCUGCCAUACCCAAUUCCAUCGAGCUAUUAUUCAUCAAUGACAACCUCUUAACUACUGUAGAUCCCGAUACUUUCAUGCACAAGACAAAUUUAACACGUGUAGAUCUUUAUGCCAAUCAAAUCAGCACCUUGGACAUCAAGAGCUUACGUAUUUUACCAGUACAUGAACAUCGUGCCUUGCCUGAAUUUUACAUUGGAGGCAACCCCUUUACUUGUGAUUGCAACAUUGAUUGGUUGCAGAAAAUCAAUCACAUCAAAUCUCGCCAGUAUCCUCGCAUUAUGGAUUUAGAGACCAUUUACUGUAAGUUGCUUAAUAAUCGUGAAAGAGCCUAUAUUCCAUUGAUUGAAGCCGAGCCCAAACACUUUUUGUGUUCGUAUAAAACACAUUGCUUUGCUGUCUGUCACUGCUGUGAAUUUGAUGCUUGUGAUUGUGAAAUGACUUGUCCCACCAAUUGCACAUGUUUCCAUGAUCAAACCUGGUCUACAAAUAUUGUAGAAUGUUCCGGAGCUGGUUACUCUGAAAUGCCUCGCAAGGUUCCCAUGGACACCACUGAAUUGUAUAUUGAUGGCAACAACUUUGUAGAACUGGCAAGUCAUUCGUUUUUGGGUCGCAAAAACUUGGCUGUAUUAUUUGUCAACAACUCCAAUGUGCAAAUCAUCUACAAUACCACUUUCAGUGGCUUGAAACGUUUGCUGGUGCUUCAUUUGGAAGACAACCACAUCACCAGUUUGGAAGGUAAUGAGUUCAGCAAUUUGGAGAAUUUACGCGAACUGUAUUUGCAAAACAAUCGCAUUGCUACCAUAGGCAACGGCAGUUUCCAGGCUUUAAGGAAAUUGGAAAUUUUGCGUUUGGAUGGCAACCGUUUGCUGCAUUUCGAGGUAUGGCAAUUAGCUCUCAAUCCUUAUCUAGUGGAAAUCGGUUUGGCUGACAACCAAUGGUCUUGUGAGUGCAGUUACUUGAUGCGAUUCCGUAGUUAUUUGGCUCAGAGUUCUGGUAAGAUUAUUGAUGCUGCCCGUGUUUCCUGUGUAUAUAACAAUGCCACUAGUGUAUUGCGUGAGAAGAAUGGUACGAAAUGUACUUUACGUGAAGAUGUAGCCACUUAUGUACAAGCCAGCGAAAUUGAAAGUCUUUUGCCAUUCUUACUAAUGGCAACUUGUGCAUUUAUUGGUUUCUUCGGUCUAAUUGCUGGUCUCUUCUGCUAUCGUCGUGAAUUAAAGAUGUGGGCCCAUUCCAACUGUCUACUCAACAUGUGCUACAAGUCGCCUGGUUUUGUGGAAGAUUUGGACAAAGAACGUCUUAAUGAUGCAUACUUUGCUUACAGUCUUCAAGAUGAACAUUUCGUGAAUCAAAUACUAGCACACACCUUGGAAAACGACAUGGGCUACAGAGCUUGCCUGCACUAUCGUGAUAUCAAUGUUAAUGCUUAUGUCACAGAUGCCAUCAUUGAAGCCGCCGAAAGCGCUAAACAAUUUGUGUUGGUUUUGUCAAAGAACUUCUUGUAUAAUGAGUGGUCUCGUUUCGAAUACAAAAGUGCCCUGCAUGAAAUCGUUAAACGCAGAAAGCGUAUUGUGUUUAUAUUAUACGGCGAUUUGCCCCAACGCGAUAUAGACAUUGAUAUGCGUCACUACCUACGCACAAGUACCUGCAUUGAAUGGGAUGACAAGAAAUUCUGGCAGAAGUUACGUAUGGCUUUACCACACAUACGUACUAAACGUACAACCAACUGCCUUAGUAAUCGUUCUUCGGUAAAUAUUUAUGCACCAGCUCAUGAAUAUCAAGCAGCACCCAAUGGUCGUUUGGUGGGUCAAGGUGCUGGUGCCGGUGUAGUUAAUGACAAACACUAUGCUGACUGUGGAAACUAUGCCACCAUAAAUGAUUGUGUUCGAGGCUAUGCCCCCAUACCAACAGCAGCAGCGAACUGUAAAUUCAAUACCCUAAAUGAAUUGGGCUACAAAGCAACUAAAGACAGCAAAGAAAUCCAACAUGCCAAAACGCUGGAAUUCCAAAGGCACCAUCAUUUGCGCCAACAACCACUAACCUCAGCCGCACACUUGCACCACCAACAGCACGAGUAUGCAGUGCCCUCUUACUAUGCCAUAACUAAUGGCCAGGUUUCAAGGGGAGCCGCUGGCGAAAUUGUGGCUCCAACAUACGACAGUGUAGACUACUCCAAACAGCCCACUUUGCAAAAGACAAACAAUUGCGACUGCAGCCAUGAACAGGGCACUGGGACACAAACUAGCAACAAACGCAAAGCAGGCUUACAAUCUAGUUUCUCAUCCAACUUUACACCACCUCCACCGCCAGCUAACCCACAGGUGACUACAUUCAACUGCAAGAAACCACCCUGUACAUGUCGCAAAUCGACGGCAUCAGCAACAGAUGAUAACAUUAGUUGUAGAUGUGCUGCCAAAAGUAGCAGUAGUAAUAGUACAAGCAGUCACAGUUCCAACGACAGCUGUCGCCCAGAUGAACUUAAUCAGUAUGAAUCGAAUUUGUCAUUAAACGAAAUCAAUACCACCACAGCAUCAGUUGGCGAUGAAAGCAACAGCUUGUGGGCGUAACAUCCAAAUUACCAACAGCAACAGCAGGCGUUGCAGCAGCAGCUCCACCAUCAACAUCAUCUUGUCCAGACCCAGCAACAAACAGCCGUUUGUUGACUUCCUCCGAAUGGAAGAGCCGGUUUUCGAGAUGAUGAUGUCUUAGUUUUUAAGUUUUCCAAGGAGACAGACUACGUAACCAGUGAAUUUAUGAAGUGCACCUCUCUAUAUUUCAAGAAUAAAGGGAUUUCCCAGCACUUUUUGUAAAAAGACAAACAACUCUACUCUAAACUACUAGAAAAAAAAAACUAAACUAAAUUUUAAAUAUUUAUUAUUAAUUGUUUUUCUUUUUUCUACUUCUUAUUGAUUAAUUAAAUAAGUUUAAAUUAUUUUUUUUUAGUAAUAUAUUAUUUUUGUAAAUUUUGUUUUAGUUUUUUAUAAAUUAAUUUUUUUGUAUGAUUUAUUUUGUAAAUUUUUUAGUUAAAUUUAUUUAUUAAAAAAAACAUAAAAAAAACCCUUUUUGGAAAAAUAUUAAAAUAUUUCGAAUAGUAUUUUUUUACAAAAAAAUAUUUGGGUUUAACAGACUGAUAAACUUAGUUCGUUCUUUGUUUAAGUAAAAUAAAAAAAAAAUCAUGUGAAUUAUAAAUGUAAAUAUUUGGCUAAGAUUUAAUUAAAAAAUACAUAAAACUGAAAUACAUUAAAAAAAAAAAUACUCAUAAAAUAUAAACAAAAUAAUUUAAAUGUUUUAUUUAUUUUUUUCAAUUUGUAAUUGAACUCAAGUUAGUUGGUUUUUAGUAUGUGUGUGAAAUUUUUCAAUUGAAUUUUGAUGAAAGUAUGACUUUCUGUACGCUGAGAAAAAAACAUAAAUGCUUUCUUUGGGUAUGUAGAAUUUGAGUUUUUUUUGUGUGGUUUUUAAAAACCGGAAAUGAAUAUACAUACUUACUUGUAUUAAAUUUUGACACUGUUUAAAUUUUAGUUAGUGAGUUUGUGGAAGUUGUUAAAAAUAUGAUUCAUAAUUCAUAUCAGUUGCCAUGUUCAUUCAAUUUCCAAUUUUGAUUUUUGAUUAAAAUUUUCAAGUGGAAUAACUGUUUUUAGAUUUUUUUUGAAUAGAUUAGUUUGAAUAAUUUGUUUACUCUGUAGUAUUUUAGACUGAUACAACUUCGGGGUUUUCAUUUCUUAAUUCGAGACUUAAUUUUUCAAAUUGAUGUUUUGAUUUUGAUACUUUCACUGUCAAUUUCGUGAUAAAAAAGCUUGUGUGAAACAAGUUGGCCUUAAUUUUGGAUUCGAAAUUUAUUUGUCUGUGAGUUUUUUAUUUGUGAAAAUUUUCUGGAACACAAGUCGAAGGCUUUUUUCUAUAAAUCGAGUAUGAGCAUAAUUGUUUUACUUCUUACUAAGUCAAGUCUGGAAGCCAAAACUUGAAAAAAUUUUCAAAUUGGAGCUAAUAGAUUUUUUCCUUACACAAUCAUUUGUUUUUGUAUUAUUUUGAUUUUAAUUAAUUAAAAUAUUUGCUGACUGCUAUUCUGACAUACUUUUCAUUGAAAAUGCAACUUUUCACAUAAAUUUUUACACAUACAAAAAGCAAACAACAACAAAGGGAAUUGUAUAUACAACAAAACAAGUGAAAUGAAUUGAACUAAAAAUAAUACAAAUAAGAACGGCAAAUACUAAAAAAGAAUUGAAUUAUUAUUAUUAUUAUUUUAAGGUUAAUUAUUUAUUUUAUUGGUUUUUUACUAAAACAAAAUUUAAAUUUUAAAAUAAUAAGCGCCACUUUUCCGUUUCCCAUAAAAACAAGAAUAAUAAAAAUAAUAAAAACAAGUCAGCCAUAUUUGGAGGAGAAGGUAGUAAAAUUCUACUAAAAGUCUAAACUGCCAUACACUCUAAAAAAAAUCAAAUAAUUACAUACACCUACUCAUAGACAAACUUAUAAAUAAACAAAAAAAAUAAAUACUUUGUAAUAAUAAAAAAAUAAUAAAGAAAAUAAGCAAAAUAAGCAUAAAAUAAUUGAUAAAUUAAUAUCUGCUUUUAAAUAUUUCAUUAUUUUCCUAUUAAUGUUUUUUUGUUUCGUUGUUGUUGAGUUUUUUUUUUUGUUUCUUUACGAUUUUUAUUACUCCUACACUUUUAUAAAACUUUAUUAAACCAAUUAAUAUGCUGGUAGUGUUACAAAAACAACAACAACAACUUCACUACUGACUGCUACAGGAAAAGAAAAAAAGUUGAGAAAAACUUUUUUUUAUAAAAAAAAAAAAUAAAUAAAAAAUUCAGUCAAAUAAAUAAACAACCACUUUAAACAGCAUAAAAAGCAACCAGAGAAGAAAAAAAAACGCGCAUUAAAUUUUAAAAUUAACGAUAAACAUCACAUAAUUAAUAUUUAAUAAUUAUUACAAAAAACAACUAAAAACAAUAAAAAAAAAUAAAUUAAAAUAAAACAUCAAUUGUUUGUUUUUAACACAUAACAGCAAAAACAAAACAAUUCAUAUAAAACUGCCAUCAUUAAAGACAACAAUAACAACAACAAAAUUUGUAAAUUAACUAAAUAUAAAAUUUAUAUUAAACAAACUAAAUGAAGUAAACAAAUAUGGGAAAUCAAAAUAAUAAAUAAGCACUUAAUAGCGUUUUAAAUCAUUUUAAUUAAUAAAAUAUUUAAAAAAAAAAAAACCAAAAUAAUAUAAAAAAGCUCACAUCACAACAAGAAAA